AUCGGUAAGUACUUUGUAGCACUGCCAUACUCUAAUGAGAAACACAACAGUACCAUACAUGCAAAAAUACUGAAAUUGUUACUUUACAGAAUUGCUAGACGUCCAGAUGUUGGGGGCAGAGGCAGAAUGUUCACUCCAGAGCAAGAGACCCAUAUAGUGAACAUGGUGAUUGCCAAUAAUGCAAUAAGACUGCGCGAAAUACAGCAGCGCAUAAUUGAUAAUGACACCAUCUUUCAAAAUAUACACAGUGCAAGCAUUUCUGCACUAAGUCGUGUACUUGCGCGCCACAGAAUAAGAAUGAAGCAAAUUUACAGAGUUCCUUUCAAGAGAAACACAGAACGUGUAAAGCAACUGCGGUAUGACUAUGUGCAGAGAGUGAUGGAACUAGAAGCAGAUGCAAUGGGACAUGAGCUACUUUUUGUGGAUGAGGCCGGUUUUAACCUCAGUAAAACCAGGAGACGUGGCAGGAACAUUAUUGGACACCGUGCCAUCAUCAAUGUCCCAGGACAACGUGGUGGUAACAUAACCAUGUGUGCAGCUAUAAGCCAAAAUGGUGUUGUUCACCAUCAUGCAACCAUAGGCCCAUACAACACUGCACACAUUAUUGCAUUCCUGGACACCAUGCAUGACAUGCUCACUGUUCAGAGACCAGAGCAGACCCGAUAUGUCAUCAUAUGGGACAAUGUUAGUUUCCAUAGGGCUGCUUUGGUCCGCAACUGGUUUACAGACCACCCAUCCUUCAUGGCACUCAACCUCCCUCCACACUCUCCAUUCUUACAGUUUUUUCUGAAUGCUUAA